CAGCUUUCCAAUGUGUUGACUUGCCCCGUACUCUCUUCCACGAUACUACGCCCCUCAGGUGACCUUCAGAACCUCGAGGCUUGAGAUCUGAUCAAUCUGUACAUUGCCUUCGCGACUGUGCUUUUACGUUAUAGCUUCUCAGCUCAUCAUCCAAAUUACCGUCCUUCGUCGAGCAUCCUUCCCCCACAAACCUGGAGAUAAUCUUAUCAAGCCUUGACUGAUCCACCUCGUUCCGCCUCUCUGGGUCGCCAUGACCGUCCGCAAACAAUAUCCUCCUCGUAACUACGAGACCUUCCCUGAGGAGGGAGCGUCCGAAUCCCAAAGAUCAUCCAGUUCAGACAAAUCAAGAACAGCUGCAGCAGAAGCCCAGAGACUGGGCUCGCUAGGGUCAUGGGCAGACAACUUUGCAGGCGAAACACCUGCCACAAACCGCACGCCGACUGCAUCGACAGUCGACGGCGAUGAAGUCAGAAACGUACAAUAUCCGCAACUAUCUCAAGAGCUGGAUCCGUCAGAUCCGCCGCCGGUCUAUACUCCCUCAGACACGACUCAAUCACGACCACCUACCGAACCUGCGUCACCAGUUGUCCAGCGAUCAGUGCCGGUACAACCAGAGACAGUAAGCCCUCCUAUCACAGUCACUUCUUCCUCCACUCCCUAUGCGCAACGCCCUUUCCGAGAUGACGAUGGGUCCGAUCUGCCUGAACCUGUUCAACAUCCGCACCACUCAUGUCACCACCACCAGAACCGCCAUGAUCAGUCCGAGACAGAAGCCGACAAUCUCCCAUCCUUUUUGCAAUCUUCCGACACAUGGGCACGGGGGCGAAGGUGGUGGAGAAGACGCCACGAAGGUCGUAGUCGAGGUUGCGGCGGUCGACGAUGGGGUCGUCGAAGAGAUUGUCACAAGGAACGAGCACGUCGAUUCAAGAAGAUCUGCUGGUUUACUUUUGCUCUCCUCUUGUGCUUGUGGCUGAUGAUCCCCGGCCUGUGCAAGUCGCUCUCCAAAGACGACCGAAAACAAUUUCCCAAUUUUGGCCCUCAACCAUCUGCAUCACCUUGGCCGCCGUUUCCAAAACGCGAACACCGUGAGCAUGAGACGUUCCGUUCUAUCUCUGGUACAUACCAAUUGUACGACCUUCUCGACCUCUCCACAACCAGCGGCAGCAUUAGUGUCAACAUCGAGGUCCAGUCUGGUGAGAAGCCGGCUGUUCUCCGCCUAUCGUCCACGGCAGGCAGCGUGCACGUCAAAAUGACCUCGGGCGGCGGAUUGUUCCGCAAAGCGACUGUCCCCGAAAUAGCAAGUAAGCGGACUUUGAUCACCGAGAUCUCGGCACACGCUGGCAGUGUGGCUGGCGAUCUGGUACAUGGGAAUGGUGGAUCGACCACGGUUACUACACAUGCCGGUUCUGUCUCUCUCACUUUAUACACGAGUGGAGUCUCAGACGAGGACCCCGUCUCCAAUAUCUCAACGUCGACGUGGCAGGGUAGCCAGAACAUCAAAGUCCUGGCGCCAUUCACACCGACGGAGGCCGUAAGAGCCAUCUUAGGAAGCCACGUCGUACGGGGUAGUGGCAGUAUGAAUAUCCAAUACCCUCAGGAGUGGGAGGGGAUGGUCCAUAUCAAAGCCAUGGGUAUGGGGAGCAUUGGUGCCAGUGGGCAGGGCCUCAAUGUGCAGAAGGAGAGCUCACGGGAGUUAUACGGAUAUAGGGGCAUGAAAGAAGGCAGAAGGAUAGAAGUCCUCGAAGGAGGCAGCGGAAGCGUGCAAUUCCGGUGUUGAUUGCUAUGGUGGCUCUCGACAACACAAGACGUGUACAAUCUUACCUUUUUGGAGAUAUGUUUUGUUUUCAGGGAUUGCAUUGGCCAUGACGCCGGGAUGACAAUGGACGAAUAUUUUGUCGGUCGUUUGACAGAGGAUGGAUCUAUUGAGCACAACUCAAAGCCUAAUGACCUGUUGAUGUACGAUUGACGGUCAAAUACUCCCCACAUUUAGUGGAAAUGAAACUUCAAUUCUACAAAAG